UCUCGGCCCAAAUCCCCCACUUCUGCUCUGAGGUUGCCAGAAAUUCGGAGAGUGGUUCUCAUUUUUUUUCAUAUCUUCUGUAAUUGAAUUAUUAUGCUUUUCUUCUUUCUUUUUUGUGUGUCCCUAAAUGGUCUCUCUUCUGGUAUUCGAUUUCGAAAUUUGAGCAACCCCAAACUCUGAUUCAUACAGAAUAUUAACUCUCUCUCUCUCUCUCUCUCUCUCUCUCUCUCUCUCUCUCUCUCUCUCUCUCUCUCUCUGUACUAAUGGCGGCUACAUUCUUGAAAGCCCAUGUAGACUUUCAUCUGUCUAAAGAGAAAAAACAAGAAGGGGCUAAAAAAUCGCCCCCCAAUCCUUCAUGGUAUUGCCCUGAAACAGGAAUAUACCGCAGCAUAUACCCAUCUCUCAAUUUACCAUCCGACCCUUUUCUUGAUGUUGUCUCCUUCAUCUCUUCACAAAACCAAACCGGCGGGAAUCACGCGCUAAUCGAUUCCUCAACCGGUCUCUCACUUUCUUACACCACACUCUUCUCAUUGGUCAAAUCAUUUGCAUCUGGUCUGCACCACAGCAUUGGUGUCAAGCAAGGUGAUGUAAUCUUGAUUCUGCUGCCGAAUUCCGUUUUCUUCCCCGUCGUUUUCUUGGCUGCUUUGAGUGUUGGAGCGGUCGUAACCCCAAUGAACCCUUUGAGCAGUUUGUCGGAGAUCAAGAAACAGGUUCUCGAUAGCAGCGCGUCCCUCGCGUUUACCCUCGUGGGUAAAGUCGAUGAAUUGGUUGGUUCGUUGGGAGGAGGUUGCCGUGUGAUCGGAGUGCCGGAGGAUAUGUUCGAUUUCGACUCUCUGCGUAGCGAUGGUUCGGUUUUCGGUGAGCUUGUUUCGAGCGAUCCUAGUUUGGCUCCUAGGCCUAGAAUCGCGCAAAACGACACCGCGGCGAUUUUGUACUCGUCGGGCACUACGGGCAGGGCUAAAGGAGUUAUGCUUACGCACGGCAACUUUAUAGCGAUGAUGGUGCUUUUCGUGAGAUUCGAAGCUUCGAUGUACGAUUAUCCUAGUACGGAGAACGUGUACUUGGCGGUUGUGCCUAUGUUUCAUGUGUACGGUUUGUCUCUCUUUGUUAUGGGGUUGUUGUCUUUGGGGUGUACUAUUGUCACAAUGAAGAAAUUCGGUGCCAAUGAAAUGGCGACAGCUGUCGAGAGAUACGGUGUCACUCAUCUUCAUGCUGUGCCGCCUUUAGUGGCGGAGUUGGUGAGACGAGCAAAGAGAGAUGGUUCGUGUAAUAGUUUCCGGAGCUUGAAACAAGUUUCUUGUGGGGCCGCCCCGUUGAGCGAAAACAGCAUCAACGAAUUCAAAGAAACGUUUCCUCGCGUCGAUUUUAUUCAGGGCUAUGGAAUGACAGAGACGACAGCUGUGGGGACUCGCGGCUAUAAUACGAUCGAGGCUCGGAAAUAUUCUUCUGUGGGGCUUUUGUCUCCGAAUGCCGAGGGUAAAGUGGUAAAUUGGGUCACCGGUGCUCAUUUGCCGCCAGGUUCCGUCGGCGAGCUGUGGUUGCACACACCUGGAAACAUGAAAGGGUAUCUAAAUAAUAUCGAGGCAACUAUGGCAACAAUCGAUAAAGACGGUUGGCUGCAUACUGGAGACAUCGUUUAUUUCGAUAACGAAGGAUACUUAUACGUAAUCGACCGAUUGAAAGAGAUCAUCAAGUACAAGGGUUUCCAGGUUGCUCCUGCUGAUUUGGAGGCAGUGCUAAUGUCGCAUCCGGAGGUACUCGAUGCAGCAGUAAUCGGUGCAAGGGACGAAGAAGCCGGUGAAAUACCGGUGGCAUUUGUUGUCCCGAAAGAGGGUAGUUCGAUCUCUCAGGCAGCUCUACUCGACUUUGUAGCCAAACAGGUUGCGCCGUAUAAGAAGGUGAGAAAGGUUCAUUUUCGAGCUUCGAUUCCAAGAUCAGCUGCCGGUAAAAUUCUUCGACGGGAGCUGAGGAACUUGUUACCUUCAAGGCUUUAAGUCCUAUAUAUAUAUAUAUAUAUAUAUAUAUAUAUAUAUAUAUAAUUAAUUCAAGAAGGUGAGAAAGGGUCAAAUCCCAGAUCAGCUUCUUAUCCACAAGAACUUCAAUGGGUGCAAAAAAUCACAAUAAAUAUUGUCAAUAAUUUUAUUCUUUAUUUAUUUAUUUUAUUUCAAAUUAAUUAAAUGUCAACAACCAAGAAAUUUCAAUACAGAUCAGGAAAAUGUAUUACAGAAUGACUUUUUCUUUCUUAGAAAAAGUCAAUCGAAAACGAAAAA